AUGAUGCACGUUGUACUAUCCAUAGUAUUCGAAAAUCGCCUCCUUUUUCCACCGAUCACCAGGCCCCGGCGAGUUCUUGAAUGCGGCUUCGGAGCCGGCGACUGGGCUAUCGACGUUGCACAACAACACCCAAACUGCGAGGUAGUAGCCAUCGAUAUCUGCCCACACAUCUGGCCCGACGAAAGCCAGACGCCGACGAACUUGAAUCUGCAAGUCGAUGACCUCAAUAGCAGGUACAUUUCCAGGCGAGCUUCAGCCGCAGAUCACGCCCUUCGUAGGUGGUCGAGGCGAUACCUGGAUAGUAUGCAACCGUACAAAGACCCCAGGGCGCCAAUGCAGAUGCAAAGUUGGAUGCAAAGUGCUGGAUUCGACUCGGUGGAAACCCAAAUGAUCCCUCUCCCGACUUGCGGUUGGUCAAAUGACCCGAGGCAGCACCAAAUCGGUGUGGCUAAUAGAGAAAAUGUGAGGAGGAUGCUUGCGUCACUGGCGAUGUAUCCCAUGACAGAGUUCCGAGGAAUGACGUCUCAAGAGUUCCAAGUGUUGGUAGCUCAAGCAAGGAGCGAGGCUGAUAACCCGGCGUUCAGGGACGAAAGGCUCGUCGUUGAGACGAGCAGAUGA